AUGAACACGCGGUCCUUUCCGCAGCCGCACUUGACCGCACUGCGCACCUCCGCGCCGCCGCCGCCCCCCGCUGCCCUGCCGCGGCUUUCCGCGCGCACAUUCCCUUCACAGGCGCGUGCAUGCGCGGUGAUAGCGGCGGCGGUGGCGGGGGGAGACGGACAGGCGCACGAUCGUACCGCCGCGGCUAGCCCCGCAGCUGGAGAGCGCGAGGGCGUGAGCGGCGGAGCAGCGGGGUUGAGCGCGGAGGCGGGGAGUGGGAGCGGCGAGACGAAGACGUGUCGCCGCUGCAGAGAGGCGUACGAUCCGCGUCGCAACCACGCACGCGCGUGCAGGUACCACCCUGCUUUGUUCACAGGGGGAGAGAGGGGCAAGGCCGUGGGGUUCACUAGAGCCAGCAGUCGCCCAGAGGACCAGCUGAGUGUGGUGCAUGGCACAGGUCUCCUCAGAUUCUGGGACUGCUGUGGCGCCAUGGAUGUUGAUGCGCCUGGAUGUACUUAUGGGCCUCAUGCGUCCUUUGAUGAAUUGGACUAA